GGAUGGAGAACGAGAGGGAGGCCACAGUCUGGCGGCCCAGGUGUAACUUGCCGCUCGCUCAAACAGUACAUUGCCGGACGCAAUACUCGACACGCGGUUCACCUCAAUGCUGUGUCGUUUCAUAUCGCCAUACUGCGUUUUUUUUCCGAUUCGCGAAAAAGACGCGUUCAAUACGCGGUUUUUUAAAUUAACGAACAAUGUUAUCUAUAGCUAAAUCCGCGAAGUAGCGAAAGACGCGCGAAAUGUCAUCCGAGCGAUUUCAUAAGGCCGCUCGAGAAGGAGCAUUGGACGUUCUGAAAGAAGUUACGAGAAAGGAUUGCAACACGCGAGAUGAAGGAGGAAUGACCCCAACAUUAUGGGCAGCCUUCGAAGGUCACAUAGAUGCCCUAAGACUGCUAGUCACUAGGGGAGGUGAUCCGGACAAGACUGAUUAUUUCGGUAAUACAUGCUUGCAUCUGGCAGCGGCGAGGGGUCAUGAAUUCUGCGUGAAAUUCCUGGUGAAAUUUGGUUGCAAUAUAUGGUCAUUGGACAUCGAUCGACACUCCGCCCGAGAACUUGCAGCGAUAAAUGGUUGUGAAAGAAUUCUACAGUUUCUAGAUCUCGCCCAAGCCGAUCAAGAAUUAAAUAAUCGCAAGAAAAGUCGGUUGCUCCGAGAAAAAGCAGAGAAAGAAGCAGAGAAAAGGCUGAAAGAUUACAUGAAAAAACAAAAGAUGGCUGAACUUAGGGCAGAAAAGGAACAGAAGAAACUCAUUAAAAAUCGUGCUAGAUCGGACUUCGACACAAUGAAUGAAUUGAAUUCUCAACGAUCUGGCGUAUUGACCUUUAAAGGCCGAAUGAAACCUUCGCCGACAUUUAGCGAUAUUGUUGGUACCACUACGAAGAAACACAGCAGCACGGUAUGUCGAAAAGCCUUAGCGAAAAAAGCCGCCAACGACUUCAAAGUCGUAGAGGUUGAAAUGAAUGGGAAAAAAUCCAUUCGAAGUCUGACCGGCGUUCGACGAGAUUCUGAAGUUAUGUACGUAGGCACAUAUGAUACUGAAUCUCAACAUAUAGGCAGAAGAGGAAAGAUCUCCGAUGUAUGGGGUACUCUGAGUAAAUCUCAGAGCACGCCCGAUCUCUUAGGUGAAAGGAUAUAUGACGAGGAAGAGGAAAAUAGGGAAGAAGAAAAUUUGAACAUUGCAAAAGACACUGCUUUCCUUCAGGAACCGGCCAGCAUUUUCAAACGACCUGGAUUCGGUUCGGUAGCCUUCAGAAGGGCGAUAACAUCUACGUUGGACAAUCUGCCAGUCACACAGAUGGACGUUCAACUACAAAACAGCAAUCUUUCUGGAAAUGGUUCUACAAAUGGAUCCAUAAAUAGUAACAAAUUUAGUCCAAAUGGACAUAAUGAAGAGAUCAGUAUAGGAAGUGCUGGUAGUUUGGCACGUAGGCAAAGUUCCUGGGACGAGGAUCUGCUUUCAGAAAGUGAAGAAACGGAUGAGGAAUGGACACCUUUGCAGAGAUUUUUAGUCGCCAAUAAUCUCACAUCUAUACAAUCUAUCCUGGAAUCAGAGCAAAUCGAUCUAGAAGCUCUAAUGCUGCUCACCGAAACUGAUAUAGCAGCCCUCAAACUUCCGCUUGGUCCUAGACGGAAACUUACUAAUGCAAUCGCAAAUCGGAAAAAAGCAUUGAGCAUGCCGGAGAGUGUUAUUAAGGACAGUAAACUAUAAGCAAAAUAUAUUGAAUUAGCCAUAGAAGAUUAUUGCGUCGAUAAAAUUAUCCGUCCAUCUACAAAUGUAUGACAAGUAGUUUAUAAAUUGAUUUAUAAAAAACAAAAAUUCUUAAUUUUUCUUAA